AUGACCACAGGAAAACUCGUUCUCGUGACCGGCGCGUCCGGUUAUUUGGGCGCCCAUUGCAUCAAGAGGCUCCUUGAGCAGGGCUAUCAGGUUCGAGGCACCGUGCGGAACGUCAACAACGCUACUAAGGUCGACCCUAUCAAAAUUCUGGACCCAAAUGGCAAGCAGCUGACGCUUGUGGAAGCAGAUUUGGGUGAAUCGGCUGGUUGGUCGAGUGCGGUUUCCGGCUGUGAUUACGUACUUCACGUCGCCUCUCCGUGCGGAUUUUUCACGACCGAUGAAGUGAUCCAGACGGCCAUCGAUGGCACGAGGAAUGUUUUGGAGGCAUGCGCCAAUGAACCGUCAAUCAAGAAAGUGGUGCUGACGAGCAGUAUGCUGGCGAUUUUUGAGGGCCACCCCUCCGGAAAGCUGACGAACAAGGACUGGUCGAUUCUGGAUAACGCCGCCCCCUACCCGAAAAGCAAGACGUUAGCGGAACAGUGGGCUUGGGAGUUCGUGAAGGAGGGUGGACGCAAGAAUAACUUCAUCCUCACCGUCAUCAACCCCGGGCUGAUUUUUGGGCCUCCAUUGACUCCGGAGAAAAGUUCUAGUGCUGAGAUCGUCUCCCGAAUGAUGGGCAUGCCGGCACUCCCUCACGUUAAUUUCACUAUCGUCGAUGUCAGAGACGUCGCAACUGCGAAAGUAGCAGCCUUGUCCGCGCCAGAAACAGACGGUCAACGUGUCAUCUGUACAAACGCGGAGCCGGCGCCGAUGGUCGAGCUGUCGAAGGCGUUGCGGGAGGAGUUUGGAAGCCAAGGCUACUGCCCUCCUACUCGCAACAUCCCGGAUUGGCUUGUGAGAUUCGGGUCAAAUUUCAGCCAGCAAAUGGCUGAAAUUGCGUCACGACUCGGAGUUGUGCAUACUUUUGAUAACUCGAUGUUGAUAAAGCUUCUUGGUAGAGCUCCGAUUCGUCCUGAAGAUUCCAUCGUUGAGAUGACGUACGAAUUGAUCGAGCGUGGCCACAUUAAGAAGACAACGAAGUAUCGAGGACGUGCUAAU